UCCAAAUCCAUUCAGUUUUCUGACUCGACUCCCUCACCUUACUGCCAGUUCACACGAGGUCACACCCUGUCACACCCUGAAGCGGCGAAACGACACGUUUUAUAUCUGAUAGACCAAACAGAAAACUAUCGUUUUUACCUCAGUGAUGGCGGGGAUAGCGUCCAAACUGCAGCACGACCGGGAGAAGGCGCAGGGCAUCGGUUCCAACGCGCGGGCGGUCCAACAUCUCGGUCAGGACUUCGAGGCGCUGAAAGCCAGUUGUCUUGAACGCGGGCAGCUUUUUCAAGAUGACCUUUUCGAUGCGAUCCCCGCGUCUCUUGGAUUCAAAGAUCUUGGACCAAAUUCCAGUAAAGUUCGUGGUAUCAAGUGGAUGCGACCGAUGGAGUUGACCUCCAAUCCCCAGUUUAUAGCUGGAGGGGCCACCAGGACAGAUAUCUGCCAGGGGGCCCUGGGUGACUGCUGGCUGUUAGCAGCUAUAGCUUCUUUGACCCUCAACAAACGGGUGUUGUCCCGGGUGGUUCCCAAUGGACAGAGCUUCGACAAGGAUUAUGCUGGCAUCUUUCACUUUGAGUUCUGGCAGUUUGGCGAGUGGGUGGACGUGGUGGUUGAUGACCGGCUGCCCACCAGAGUUGGAGAGCUGCUGUUCGUCCACUCAGCCGAGGACUCUGAGUUCUGGAGCGCCCUGCUGGAGAAGGCCUACGCCAAGCUGAAUGGAUGCUAUGAGGCUCUGUCCGGAGGCUCUACCACUGAGGGUUUUGAGGACUUCACCGGGGGCAUCGCUGAGGUCCAUGAAUUGAAGAACGCUGGACCAAAACUCUUCAAGAUCAUCAGGAAAGCUCUGAGCAGAGGCUCCCUGCUAGGCUGCUCUAUCGAUAUCAGUAACCUAGCUGACUCGGAGGCCAUCACGUCUAGUAAGCUGGUGAGGGGUCACGCCUACUCUCUGACUGGAGCAGAACUGGUGUCGUACAGAGGAGACUCACUGCAGCUGGUCAGGGUGCGUAACCCCUGGGGACAGGUGGAGUGGACUGGAGCCUGGAGCGACAACUCCUCAGAGUGGCACCAUGUCAGUGAUGAAGACCGGGCCAGACUGAUCAACAAAUCUGAAGAUGGAGAGUUCUGGAUGUCGUUCUCAGACUUCCUCAGUCAGUACUCGCGUCUGGAGAUCUGUAACCUUACACCGGAUACCCUCUCAGAGGAUGAGUACCAGAAUUGGUCUCUUAGCAAGUUUGAAGGCGCCUGGAGGAAAGGCUCCACAGCUGGGGGCUGCCGCAACUUCCCCAAUUCAUUCUGGCAGAACCCCCAGUUUCUGAUCAAGCUGGAUGAAGAGGAUGAUGAUCCUGACGAUGAUGAGGCUGGCUGUACCUUCCUCGUUGGACUGAUCCAGAAGAACAGACGCAGGAUGAGGAAGACCGGAGAGGACAUGCAGACCAUUGGAUUCUCCAUCUAUGAGGUGCCAGAGGAGUACUCAGGCCAGAGACAGGUCCACCUGAACAAGAACUUCUUCCUGCGUAACGCGUCAGCAGCUCGCUCCGAGACCUUUAUUAACCUGAGGGAGGUGUGCAACCGCUUUUGUCUUCCCCCCGGAGAAUACCUCAUCAUCCCGUCCACGUUCCAACCUAACAACAAUGGAGACUUCUGUGUCAGGGUGUUCUCUGAGAAACAGGCAGAGUUCCAAGAUCUUGAUGAUUCUGUGGAGUCCCACGUUGAGGAGAUCGUGGUGGAGAAGGGUGAUAUCGAUGAAAGGUUUAGGAAUCUAUUUGGACAGCUAGCUGGACACGACUGUGAGAUCUCUGCAUUUGAACUGCGGAGGAUUCUGAACAAAGUUGUGACCAAGCGUGAUGACAUCAUUACCGAUGGCUUCAGCUUGGUGACGUGUCGUAACAUGGUCAACCUGUUGGACAAAGAUGGAAGUGGCAUGUUGGGUCUGGUGGAGUUUAAGAUCCUGUGGAUUAAGAUUGAGAAAUAUCUGGACUUGUACAGGGAGAAGGAUGUGGAUAACUCUGGUCAAAUGAGCUCAGCUGAGAUGCGUAUCGCUGUGAAAGAUGCUGGUUUCUCUCUGAACAGUUCUCUACACCAGAUCAUCGUGGCCCGCUACAGUGAACCUGGACUGACUGUGGACUUUGACAACUUUGUGGGCUGCCUGAUUCGCCUAGAGACAUUGUUCAAUACCUUCAAAACUCUGGACAUGGAUGACUCUGGAGAGGUGGAGCUGACCAUGCUGGAGUGGCUGAAUGUGUCUCUGCUCUAGAAGAAGGAUUCUACGUGUUGAGGAAAUUCUAAUGAACAUUCACAUUCACACAUUCACUUUGAUAAUAAAAACAUAUGUGAUGUU